UAUAUAAUCAACCCCAAGCCCAAUUCUCCUUUCUCCCCCGCUGCCACCACUAUGAACUCCGGUAAUGUCACCACCUACUCCACCAUCCCCGCCUCCCCGGCUGCAAAACCCACCGCCACCCUGUACGAUCAUCUCCUCACGGAAACAAUCCAGACCGUCGAAUUAGCCCUCGCCAUCGCCAUCUUCAUCACCAUCCAUUCCCUCCGGCAGCGGCGCCGCCAAGGCCUCGUGACGUGGCCUUUCCUCGGCAUGCUCCCUUCCCUUAUUCUCGGACUUCGCAGCAACAUAUACGAAUGGAUCACCGGCGUUCUGGUGGACCGCGGCGGAACCUUCACUUUCCGUGGCCCUUGGUUGACCAAUCUCCAGUGCGUCGUUACCGCUGACCCGAGAAACCUGGAGCAUCUUCUUAAGUCGAAGUUUUCCAGUUUUCCCAAAGGCCCUUACUUCGCUUCCAUCGUUCGUGAUCUUCUCGGCGGCGGAAUCUUUGCCGCCGAUGAUGAAACAUGGCGGCGACAGAGGAAGACAGCUAGCCUCGCGUUUCACUCAUCGGAGUUCAGAGUCAUGACGGCGAAGUCUUUGGUUGAGCUUGUCCAUGAUAGGCUACUGCCGGUGCUUGAAGCCGCCGCCACCGUCGACGCGGUCCUUGACCUUCAGGACGUGCUUCUCCGGUUAACCUUCGACAACGUGUGCACAAUCGCCUUUGGCAUCGACCCCGGAUGCCUCCGACAAGGUUUGCCGAAUAUUCCAUUCGCGACGGCUUUCGAGGAGGCGACAGAGGGAACGAUACAACGAUUCGUGAUGCCGACAGCGCUGUGGAAGGCAAUGAGAAUGCUCGAUAUUGGGAGCGAGAGGAGGCUGAGAAGAUCGAUUGAAGGGGUCGACGAGUUCGCCUACGAAGUGAUACGAAAGAGGAGGGAGGAGGUGAGGUCGGAGGGGGCGGCGGCGAGGUCGGAUUUGUUGACGGCGUUUAUGAAGGAGAAGGACGAGGAAGGAAGAGGAGAGAGAUAUUCAGAUGAGUUUUUGAGGGAUGUAUGUGUCAACUUUAUAUUGGCUGGGAGGGACACGUCAUCGGUGGCGCUGACCUGGUUCUUUUGGUUGCUGGAGAGGAAUAAGACGGUGGAGGAGAAGAUAGUGGAGGAGCUCAAGAGGAUAGUGAAAGAGAGAGGGGAAGGAGAAAUUGAUUGGCCGGAAGUGGUUUUCCAGCCGGCGGAGGUGAAGAAAAUGGAGUAUUUGCAGGCGGCGAUAUCGGAGGCGCUCCGGUUAUAUCCAUCAGUGCCUGUGGAUCACAAAGAGGUGAUUAAAGAUGAGGUAUUUCCUGAUGGAACUGUGCUGAAGAAAGGAACAAAGGUAGUAUAUUCAAUCUACAGCAUGGGAAGAAUGGAGAGCAUAUGGGGAAAGGACUGCAGGGAUUAUAAGCCAGAAAGGUGGCUAAGAGAUGGUCGUUUUAUGAGCGAAUCGGCGUACAAAUUCGUCUCCUUUAAUGGAGGCCCAAGGCUUUGUUUGGGUAAGGACUUCGCCUACUACCAGAUGAAGUUCGUCGCAGCUAAUAUUCUUCUGCGCUAUCAUAUCAGUGUUGUUAAAGGCCAUCCAGUUCUCCCAAAGCUGGCUCUCACCAUGUACAUGAAGCAUGGACUGAAGGUUAAGUUGACAAGGAGACAAGAAUGAAAUCUAUAUAUAUUUAUAUAUUUUAGUGUGCAGGGUACGUAAUUCUUUCUAUUCUGCAUGAAUAUUUAAUUUGUUUACAUUUGGUUUUCUAGUAAAGAUUGUUAUUUCAUGUAUUAAAUAGAGGAUUAUAAAGAUAUGUGAACUGGAAAGCUUAUUUUUAUUGUUUAUAAUUAGG